ACGGUGCUUCGGUACGACCACUUACUUGCCUUUGCCGCGGACAUUACUUAGGAGCCGUUUCUAUGCCUUGUUAUACCCGGUGAACAGGCGCCUUCUCAGACCCUGGAGGUCGCAAAGUGUCCCUGCCUUAGCUGUCUAAGCACGUGGUGAAGCCCGUGGAACUGCUCGCCAUGAGUGUCGCUGAGGAUGGACUGAGUGAUUUGUACGAGGCCUUGGAGCGCUACAACUGGGACGAUGAUAUCGAGUUCCAGGCCGGGCUGCAGGCGAUCAUUGGAAGCAACAGUACGCCAGAGCAGACUACCGAGCUAGCAUUGCGCGCGAGAUGUUUCUACUAUGCAAGGAAAUACAACAAGACAAUAGACUUUGACGCCUACAAAGCCUAUCGCUCUGCUCGUAAUCGCCCACCGCCUACUCCCCCAAGCUCCACCAACGUCCUUGCCUCCUCCAUCGUCGACGAUGUGAUUCCCGAUCCUGCAUCCGCCGCUACUACUGCCCCUGCUUCUGCACCAGUGCCGGAACCAAGCGGCAUCAUGCCAUCGCCCACCAGUCCAAGCGAACCCCCAGCGCCGUACCCGACCUCUUUUGCGCAUAUUGUCGAAUUGAUCACGAGCGGGAAGCCAGUGCCGGGUAUCAAAGAGAUUCCGCCGACGGUACUGGAGGGACAGGGGACGGCAGCUAGUAAACCGAAGAGGAAGAAGCCGUGGGAGAAGGAUGGGGCGUGAUGUGUACACGAGAGAGAAAGAGAGGGGAGGGCAGGGCUUUUGUAAAUAAGAACAUGGCGUAUGGCGCAGUAGCGAUUCGGGGACACAGCUAGAUAUACAAAAUCAAGAAAUUACCC